ACUUCAUGCAUGCAGUUCAUCAAUAUUGUCGUCCACUCGACGGAGAACAUCACUCUUCGGGUGUUCUUGCAACAGGAAUUUAUAAACCUCGGCCUUGAGGACUAUCUGAGGAUCGAGGCCUACCUUAACAAUCACGUGGACGUGGCGGUCCUGUUGGAGGACUCACAAGCCAAAGAGGCCUAUCAGCAGGAGGCGGAGUUCUUGGAGUCGGAGCUGACCUCCACACAGAACAGGUUGGCCUCCACGCAGGCCGAGUACUCCGCUCACUGCCACACUCUGGAAACAGAGCUCGCCGACCUGCGCAAUCAAUUAGCCGAAUCCGAGUACGAAUACAAACAGUGA